AGAUGCUCCAAGAGGAGCAUCCAGACCUGUGUCCAGUCAACAGAAGCGACCGGCCACCGAGCCUGACUGACCAUGGCCCUGUCAGCUCUGUGGCGCCGCUCUGUGAGCUGGAGAUCAGCCCUGACCCGGCUCGUGCAGCUCUUCCGCUCCCCCCAAACCUCCGGCACCAAAGGCUCAGCCAACCUGCCUCCACCAGCCCCACUGGCAAGCAGCCCCGGUGUUGCUGUCCCAUCAAACACUGCCCGGGGGGGGGCCCAGGGCAGUGGGAAGCCCCUGGCUGGGGCAGACCAGAGUGCCCCCCCGGGUCAACUGCAGCCCUACGACCAUCAGGGGAGAGCAGUGGCCCCGGUCCCACCAGCGCGGCACAGCCAGCGCAGCCCUGCCAGCUCAGCCAACCCCUCCGGGACAGCCCUGGGCAGUGGCAGCCCCCCAGACAGGAGCACCCCCAUGGAUGUGGACGCCACCCCAGUGCUUAACAUCAGCCUGGCCAGUGACGUCUCCAUGGAGGAGGACGCCCCCCGCGGCUGCGACCUCUCGCUGGCCAGCGACGUCGCCAUGGAGGAGGACACCGCCCGCGGUUGCGACCUCUCGCUGGCCAGCGACGUCUCCAUGGAG